UUUGAUUGUUGAUUGCGCCGCGAUCACGUAAUUUCUUGUCGCGCGCCGGUCGUGUUCCGGAUUGUACCGUUGUUAUUAUCGGUUUGUGUUGUAAACCAGGUUCGGAGGUCGCGGUCGGUCGGGAUCGUCGCGCGCGUCGGAGUGCUUUCGGGAAUGGGCGGAGUCGACACGAGCAAGUGGAAGCCACGUCGAACGCAAGGCACGGUCAUCAGCAGUACGCGCAACCGGUUCGCUUGGGCGGUUCUGGCCAUCGGAUCGGCCACCUUUGCCGUUUAUUACUCGAUCUACCGGUACAUCGGCGGGGACGAGUUGAAGCAGCGCAUGAAACGAGAUUUUUACGAGCAAACCGAGGAGGAAAUUGAUCGCCGGAACUUGAUGCGAUUCAGCUUGGUGGCGCCAAAGCGAGGGGACACCAUCCGGAAGUUGCUCGAAGAGGAACGGAUCGAUCGCAGCGAGAAGUAACGAUGGCCGCCAGUGGGAAGGUCAAGUACGCCAAGCUGAGACUGUUUAAACCUUCCACUUCCGGUGCCAGCAAGCCGGAAGUGUCACAGGAACAUGGGUAAUUUGCAUUAGAUAUUACUUACUUGCGCUAGUCUUGUUGUUACGAAUAAAAAAGUGUUUUAAAACUAA